CUUCUCCUUCACUAUUCUUGUUCUUCGUAGCUCAAGAGAAAGACAUGGGAGAAAGCCGCAAUGUUAAUCUGCCUCCAGGGUUCCGAUUCUAUCCCACCGACGAAGACCUCGUCGUCCAUUUCCUUCAACGCAAGGCCGCCCUGUUGCCAUGCCACCCCGACGUCAUCCCCGAUCUCGACCUCGUUCCCUACGAUCCAUGGGAACUCGAUGGUAAAGCUUUGGGAGAGGGAAAGCAGUGGUAUUUCUACAGCAGGAGGACGAAGAACAGGAGCACCGGCAACGGGUACUGGAAGCCCAUGGGAAUCGAUGAGCCGGUGGUGAAUAGUAAUAGCAGCAACAAAGUUGGCAUGAAGAAAUAUUUCGUUUUCUACAUCGGAGAAUCGGGUCCGGCCGGUAUCAAAACGAAUUGGAUAAUGCAAGAAUAUCGUCUCUCCGAUUCCGAUUCCGAUUCCGGCAGCAGUAGAUCGUCCAAACGUAGAGGAGGACAGUCCAAAAUCGAUUACAGAAAAUGGGUUGUUUGUAGAGUAUACGAAAGAAAUUGUAGUGAAGAAGAAGAUGGAACAGAACUAUCAGGCUUGGAUGAAGUGUUCCUAUCAUUGGAUGACCUGGAUGAUAUAAGCUUGCCAAGCUAAUUUAGCCAAA